UCUUUCAGAAAGAAAGAAAGAAAGAAAGAAAGAGAGACAGCGAGGGAGACAGAGGAGGAGGAAUGGCGGUGAUUUCGCCGGAGACGGUGAUCUUGAAGCCCCGGACGGACAAGCGGGAGUAUCGGAGGAUCGUCCUUCCAAACUCCCUUGAAGCUCUUCUCAUCAGUGAUCCGGAAACCGAUAAGGCUGCGGCGGCGAUGAAUGUUUCCGUUGGAUAUUUCAGUGAUCCUGAAGGACUUGAGGGUUUGGCUCACUUUCUUGAGCACAUGCUGUUUUAUGCCAGCGAGAAAUAUCCUCUUGAAGAUAGUUAUUCGAAGUUUAUAACUGAGCAUGGCGGUUCCACAAAUGCAUACACGACAGCUGAGCAUACGAACUUUUUCUUUGACAUUAAUGCAGACUACCUUGAUGAGGCAUUGGACCGAUUCGGGCAAUUCUUUAUCAGACCAUUAAUGUCUUCUGAUGCUACUCAGAGAGAAAUAAAAGCUGUUGAUUCUGAGAAUCAAAAGAACCUGUUAUCUGAUGCUUGGCGAAUGGGUCAGCUUCAAAAGCAUAUCUGUUCAAAGGAUCACCCAUAUCAUAAAUUCAGUACAGGGAAUUGGGAUACUUUGGAAGUUGUACCAAAGGCUAAAGGACUAGACACAAGGCUUGAGCUUAUCAAAUUCUAUAAAGAUAAUUAUUCUGCAAACAUAAUGCAUCUUGUCGUUUAUGGGAAAGAGAGUCUUGACAAACUGCAAAACCUGGUCGAGAGCAAUUUCAAAGAUGUUCUGAACAUUGAGCGGGGCAAAAUUUGUUUUCCUGGACAGCCAUGCUCAUCAGAACAUCUCCAGAUUCUUGUCAAAGCUGUCCCAAUAAAGGAAGGUCACAUGUUGAGAAUCAUAUGGCCUGUCACUCCUAACAUACGAUAUUACAAAGAAAGCCCAUCUAGAUAUCUUUCUCACCUUAUUGGGCAUGAAGGAGUGGGAUCUCUGUUUUAUGUUUUGAAAAGUCUCGGAUGGGCAAUGAGUCUUACUGCUGGAGAAGGUGAUUCAAGCUAUGAUUUCGCAUUUUUUUGUGUCAACAUUGAGCUCACUGAUUCUGGACAUGAGCAUGUAGAAGAUGUUGUCGGGUUAUUGUUCAAAUAUAUUGCACUUUUACGGAAUUCUGGCAUCCAUAAAUGGAUUUUUGAUGAGUUGGUGGCAAUAUGUGAGACAGGCUUCCAUUAUAAAGACAAAAUCCCACCUAUCAACUAUGUUGCUAAUAUUGCAUUAAAUAUGCAGUUGUUUCCCCCGGAGGAUUGGCUAUGUGGAUCUUCAUUGCCUUCAAGAUUUGAUCCAAGCACUAUAAACAGGAUGUUGGACGAGUUGACUCAAAAUAAUGUUAGAAUUUUCUGGGAAUCCCAGAAGUUCAAAGGAUGCACAGACUCACUGGAACCUUGGUAUAAAACUUCUUAUACGAUUGAAAGAAUAACUUUUGCUUCCAUACAGCAAUGGGUAGAAAAAGCUCCUAAUGAAUGUCUACAUCUUCCUGAACAUAAUAUAUUUAUCCCAACUGAUUUAACACUAAGACAGGUUGAAGAGAAGGUUAAAUUUCCUGUUUUAUUGAGGAAAUCAUCAUUAUCCAAAUUGUGGUAUAAAUCUGAUACUACAUUCUUCACACCUAAAGCAUAUGUGAGAAUUGAUUUCAACUGUCCAGAGUCAAAAUUCUCACCAGAGGCAGUUGUUCUUACUGACAUUUUUACCAGAUUAGUGGCAGAUUAUCUUAAUGAAUAUGCAUACGAUGCUCAAGUUGCUGGUCUUUAUUAUUCAAUACAAUGCAGCGAUACUGGAUUUCAGGUGGUUGUGGUUGGUUAUAAUCACAAAUUGAGAAUCUUGCUAGAGAUGAUAAUCAGUAAGAUCAAGCAGUUUGAAGUGAAACUUGACCGCUUUUCUGUGAUCAAGGAAACGACUAUGAAAGACUACCAGAAUUUUAAGUUCCAACAACCAUACCACCAAGCAUUGUAUUAUUGCUCAUUAUUACUGGAAGAACAGAUGUGGCCAUUGACUGAGCAACUUGAAAUCCUCCCUUUUCUUCAAGCUGAUCAUCUUAUGAAAUUUUAUCCUUGCCUUCUCUCAAGAGCUUUUUGCGAGUGCUACAUAGCUGGAAAUGUUGGUUCAACUGAAGCAAUAUCAAUUAUCGAUCAUGUUGAAGAUGUUCUAUUUAAAUCUUCCCAUGCUACUUCUAAACCUUUGCUUCCUUCUCAGCAUCUGACAAAUAGAAUUGUUAACCUUGAAAGAGGUCUGGGGUACUACUAUCCCGUUGAGGGCCUAAAUCAAACCGAUGAGAAUUCUACACUUGUCCACUAUAUUCAGAUUCAUCAAGAUAAUAUCAAGUUAAAUGUAAAGCUUCAGCUGUUUGCUCUUAUUGCAAAACAACCAGCUUUCCAUCAGCUUCGGUCAGUUGAACAACUUGGCUACAUAACUGUGCUCAGGCAAAGAAAUGAUUCAGGGGUUUGGGGACUUCAGUUCAUCAUCCAAUCCACAGUGAAGGACCCCGCACAGCUCGAUAACAGGGUUGAAGCUUUUCUGAAGAUGUUUGAAAGUGAACUUUAUGAAAUGACUGAUGAUCAAUUUAAGAGCAAUGUCAAUGCACUGAUUGAUGUGAAGCUGGAGAAAUUCAAGAACUUGAGGGAAGAAUCUGCUGUCUACUGGAGAGAAAUUUUUGAUGGUACUCUGAGGUUUGAUCGGCGGGAGUCCGAGGUGGCAGCCCUAAGGGAACUGACAAAGCAAGAACUGUUUGAGUUCUUCGAUUCAUACAUCAAAGUCGGUGCCCCACAGAGGAAGACUCUCAGUAUUCAAGUCUAUGGGAGUCGGCAUUCUACUGAGUUUCAAAGUACGAUUCGUGGAUCAAGUCAACCACAAAACUGUCAAAUUAGAGACAUAUUCAGCUUCAAAAGGUCGAGGCCUUUGUAUGGUUCUUUUAGAGGCGGCUUAGGCCAGAUGAAGCUGUGAAUUUCCAGACUCAAGCUCUGUAUUGUAUUGUAUUGCAACUUGUAUCACUAUUUCUUUCUUCUCAGACUUGUCAUUCUUACUCCAUCCAUAAAGUCAGGACAAUAAAGAAGGAAUGAAUUGUGCCUGCUUUCGCUUUAAA